GGGUGAUUCAGAAAUAGAAUUAUUCACUCCACUCCACACAUUUCCAUCUAGUAGGGGCUCUAAAAUGUGAUCGCAGCAUUAAAAACGAAAUGAGUUCACUUGACUCCAAUAUUUAGGGGUCAAACAAUAAUUUCAGAUUAACUACUUUGCGCGUCUUCUGAUUAAACAAAUUACUGAGACAAAGUAAUGACAGAGCUGGCAGGCUUGAGUGUUACCAACAAUGUGGAUCCUUUAUAUUCGCCAGAGACAAGAUCUCCUGAAUUUCUUCUGGUGGAUGAGGAGUCUGCAUCCACUUAUCCCCUUCUCACCCCAUCUCCGCCACAUUUCGAUCAUCCCCUAGCUGUUCUGGAUAGCAAUAAAGUUUUGGCAGCCUAUGAACGUCAACUCAGCCCCAGUAGCAUAGACCCUGAUCUAUGCAACUCGUUUCCCCCUCUCUGCACCCCGGCUGCACCAAUGGGAGGCGCUGAUUUCAGUGACGUCACAGGAUCCAAUAAUGUCGCCAAUGACAAGGUUUCGGGACCCCUAGAGAUGACGUCCAGCCUUCACAACACCCUGGAGACACGCAGCAAUGGAAUGGCAUCUUCUUCUUCCUCAUCUUCUGCGCUCCAAGACGCGGCUGCAUCAGCUUCUGCACAACUUCUCAACCCCCACCACUAUCACAAUUUGGCUGGAGAUGUCGCUUGUCAGGAAAACGGCGGCAUAAUCAAACCAGUCCUCUGCAGCCUCCGCAAAACGCCCGACUACUGUUUCGUGUCAUGGAACUGGCCCCUCAUCCGCAAGUUCUGCUUCUGGUCGGUGAUGUCCAUGAUGGUCGCCUGUGUCUGCAUCAUCAUCACCUACGUCACAACUCUGCCCACCAAGUGCGACCCGCAACGCUCCUGGUACCAGGGAUCACUCAUCUACCAGAUAUUCCCGGCCUCCUUCAAGGACUCUAACAAUGAUGGGAUCGGGGAUCUGAGAGGCAUCAACUCAAGACUCGACUAUCUCAAAACCCUGGGAGUUCGAGCCAUCCGACUCAAUUCCGUGUUCCCAUCCGAGCAUUUUCCCGAGCACUUCUACAAUAUUGAAAACUUUACAAACAUCGAGAAAACUUUGGGUACUAUGGAGGAUUUUCGAGGAAUGGUUAAGAAUCUACACAAAAACAAUAUCUCAGUGAUUUUGGAUCUCCCCUUACACCCCUACUUCAAAACAUUGGAUGCUAGACAUGUCUCUAACCUCAACCCAACUGAAACAAACAGACCUAACCUCAACAAUGCACAACCUAACCUCAACCCCCUACAACCUAACCAAACUCCAGACACUGUUGUAGAUAACAUCAACAAUGGAGGAGUUUUGGACACAUCUGUUAGAAAACAAGAUAAAGUACGCCAUGUUAUUGUGAACAAUCACAUCUUGAACGGAAAUCUGAAUAAAACUGACUUCCAGGGUUUGUUUAAUGCAAACACGGCUACUGUACAACCUGUAACCGAAGAUCAGGGACCCAGUUUGGUGUCACAGAUCUUGGAGUUCUGGUUGAAAGAAGGUGUGGACGGGUUUUAUUUCAAAGGUUUGGAAAAAUUUGUGAACGAUGAAGGGUUUGUAGGAGAGAUACGGAGCUGGCAUCACAUUUUGAACCGAUUUUCAAAAAUAGAGGCCGAGAAAAUUAUGAUAUGCUCGUUGAAAGUUGUGGCAGCAGUUGAGAAUGACGGCCCGUUAGAUGUUAACCCCAGGUUAGCUACGGUUCUAACCAGGUUUAGUUUGAUCGACGUUUAUGUGGAGAAGGCGGAUGCUAUCGAGGAUUUGGUGAGGUAUGUACAGAAGGGAGUGGUGCGGUCUGAUCCUGGCUUUCCCUGGGCUAUGUGGACUACGGGCGAUACCGAGGUUCCUAGACUGGCUUCAAGACUCUAUCAGAAAAAUGAAACACUGGCAUUGUUGGCGGUACAGAUGAUGCUGCCUGGCACGCCAUCUCUGUUCUAUGGAGACGAGAUUGGACUGGAUAACAUCGAUGAUCAUGAUGGAGAGCGUUCGGACCUCUCACACGCACACAGCCUAGCACCCAUGAAAUGGACGCUGACUCAGCAGAACGAGGCGCGUCAGCAGUUCGCCAAGCCACUGGUGCUGGGAUGGAUGCCGGAGGCGCGGGUACACGCACCCCAGGCGUCCAAGCGAGUUCUGGCUACACUGAGCGCACUCAGGGAGAGCAGCCCUAGCAUUUACAUGCAGGCCAACUGGAAGGACCGACAGUUGAUGACUACCAACUGUUUCAUAAGAUACCAUGAGGACAACUUUAUCCUACUAGAACGUAGAUACCCGAGACGGUUCACCUACGUGGUGAUUGCCAACCUGGGCACCACUUAUAAAAGCAGGGAUUUAUCCACCAUUUUCUACGGCGGCCAUGUUUUAGCCGAUCACAACGGAAGAUCUGGAUUCUUCAUGAAAUUUGCUGACUUGCAUUUGGCGCCUGGAGAGUUUUACAUCAUAAGACUGGAUAAAUAGAUGGAAAAUCAUAAAAAAUAGGCCUAGUCCGAAUUUCACCCACAGAUCAUGAUAAAUCAGAUAAAAUUUGAAUUUAGGUUUCGGAUCUCACCUAAAAAUCAGUAUAACUGUAAUUAUUACUAGAGAGUUAAACAUCAUGAGACUGGAUAAAUAAAAAAUGUCCGGAUUUCACCUAGAGAUCAUGAUAAAUCAGAUGAAAUUUGAAAAUAGGAUACGGAUCUCUCAUAGUAAAAAGUAAAUUCGUAUGGCUUUUGUUGGUGGGGAGUCCCUUGCGGGAAGGUCCCACCGCCUGAAUAUAUAAUUUAAGCCGUCAAUGGCCCAUUACGACUGUCAUACUUCAGCCGGGAUCUCCCAUAGUAAUCACUUGAGACUUCUACAUCAUAUGACUGGAUAAAUUUAUAAUCAUCAAAAAUGGUCGGAAUUUCAUAUAAAAGUUAUGGUGAAUCAGAUGAAAUUUGGAGGACCUGAAAUUCAUAAAAAAUAUUAUUAAUAGCCUACCUUAAUUCUAGGUUUGUAAAACUGUAGGUCCAUACAGAAAUUGAUGUAACAGUUUGAAACAAUUUCAAGGAAAGAUUGAAAUUGUUGGACCAAAAUGUACUGAUGGAGUAGACAAUACAAAGAAUUGGAAUAAAGAUUUUUCAUUAGAAA